AUGCUGAAGGAAUGGCUGCGCGGGUCCUCGAGCGAGGCGGAGAAGCCUGCCGAGGAGAAGAGGCCUGUAUCUCGCAUGGUAGUGGAUGCGGAGAAGCCGCUGGAGACGCACGAAAGCGCCGUGAGCAAGCGCCGCGAGGCGUAUGAGAAGAAGCUCGCGGAGUCGGCGAAGGAGGGGCCGCCGCAUCCAAGUAAGAUGGUUACCUACGAUGGCAUUUUCCGCAAGGCCCAAGGCGUGCUGCUGGAGGGUAACAACAACGAGACCCAGGAGGGCAUCACGCUCAACAUCGCCCGCAACGCCCAGAACGCGAUGAUCUCGACGAAGUGGACGCUGGUGAACCCGCAGAUGUCUCACUGGGAGGUGAACUUGCAGAUGAACGGCUUCAGUGAUAUUGUGGCAGCCUCGUGGAACACAUUGAAUCGCUACCAGCUCAUGUACCAGCGCGUCUCCACCACUGGCGCGAUGCUCGUGACUCAGUUUAUGGCGCAGAAGCAGGGCGGCAUGUCGCAGGGCACUGUGUUUGCCAUGAUGCAGUACCCGUGGCGCAUUGGAGGCUGCACCCAGGUGCAGUAUGUAAAGGACCAGUCUCUGGGCCUGAGCCACGUGCAACGCCUCAUUCGCGGCGUCCACGUCGGCACGAAUCUCACUGUCGAGCCUGCGACGCACAAUUCCUACCUGUCGCACGCCAUCUCCCUCAUGACCGCGAAGAGGGACGCCGGGUUCAUGGCGGAGAUGACCCCCAGUAAAGGGACCUGGAAGCUUGCGGCGAUAGCCUUUGACUGGGCAAUGAACAUGGAUGCCGCUAUUGAGCUGGAGUACAUGGAGGGCCGCGAGGGCAUGAAGAGCGCUCUCAACGUAGGCUGCCGGAAGAGCUUUGUCGGCGGGGCGCAGCUGACGACCUCGCUGUUAGGCUUCAGUAUGGCUAAGGUGAAUCUGGAUCUGCCCUUUGGAGGUGAGGUACCCGGCGCAAAUCAGCUCCGGCUCACCUUCAACUGCCAGUACGACAUUCACGCCGGUGCGCUGAAGCAGGGUCUCAUCUUCACAGCUUAA